UUUCUUCUCCACCGAAAAUAUAUCAGCUGUUUCGAUAAACCCUAAUCAGUGCUCAUAAAACUCAAUCGAGAAAAUCUUCCUUUAGUUUUCAUAAUUCUCCACCCAAACUCACAUUACAAACAUGGUGCGAAGCUUAAAGAACCCUAAAAAGGCAAAACGCAAAAACAAGGUGUCAAAAAAAGGCGAAGGGUCGUCGUCAGAUGCCAUGCCAUCAAUGCCGGCGAAGGUAUGGCAACCGGGUGUGGACAAGCUGGAGGAAGGAGAGGAGCUGCAGUGCGACCCUUCUGCUUACAAUUCUCUCCAUGCCAUUAACAUUGGCUGGCCCUGCUUGAGCUUUGAUGUACUGCGUGAUUCGCUCGGGUUGGUGCGAACUGAGUUUCCCCAUACUGUAUACUGUGUUUCAGGAACACAAGCAGAGAAAGCUUCGUGGAACUCCAUUGGAAUAUUUAAACUAUCAAACAUUUCAGGAAAGAGACGUGACUUAGUGCCGAAAAAUGCAAAUACUGAUGGCUCUGACAUGGAGAGUGAUAGCAGUGACAGCGACGAUGAUGAUGAAGAGAAGGAUGGCAUAUCUGGGACACCUGUUUUGCAGCUACGCAAGGUUUUCCACGAAGGAUGUGUUAACAGAAUACGUGCAAUGCCACAAAACCCCCAUAUAUGUGCUUCGUGGGCAGAUACUGGUCAUGUUCAGGUAUGGGACUUCAGUUCGCAUUUAAGUGCUUUGGCAGAAUCAGAUACUGAAGUUAGCCGUGGAGGAUCUGCUUUGUCGAAUCAACCUCCUCUGGUUAAGUUUGGCGGGCAUAAGGAUGAAGGCUAUGCUAUAGACUGGAGUCCUCUUGUUGCUGGAAGGCUUGUGUCAGGGGACUGCAAGAAUAAUAUCCAUUUAUGGGAGCCAGCAUCUGGUUCAACAUGGAAUAUAGAUAGUAAUCCUUUUGUUGGACAUACUGAUAGUGUUGAAGAUUUACAGUGGAGUCCUACAGAACCUUUUGUGUUUGCCUCGUGCUCUGUGGAUGGAAAUAUUGCAAUUUGGGAUAGCCGUUUGGGGAAGUCUCCUGCAGCUUCAAUCAAGGCACAUAAAGCAGAUGUAAAUGUGAUAACAUGGAACAGGCUCGCAAGUUGCAUGCUGGCGUCUGGUAGUGAUGAUGGGACAUUUUCCAUCCGAGAUCUUAGACUGCUUAAGGAAGGAGAUGCUGUAGUGGCGCAUUUUGAAUACCAUAAACAUCCAAUUACAUCCAUUGAGUGGAGUCCACAUGAAGCCUCCACCUUGGCAGUAUCUUCAGCAGACAAUCAACUAACAAUAUGGGACCUUUCUCUAGAGAGGGAUGAGGAAGAGGAGAGCGAAUUCAAAGCCAAAACAAAAGAGCAAGUGAACGCCCCAUCAGAUUUGCCUCCGCAACUUCUCUUUGUUCAUCAGGGUCAAAAGGACUUGAAAGAACUUCAUUGGCAUUCACAGAUACCAGGAAUGAUCAUAUCCACCGCCGCAGAUGGUUUCAACGUACUAAUGCCUUCAAACAUUGAAACCGCUCUUCCUGCAAAUGAAGGUUAAAAGAUUCAGCAGUUCAUGCCAUGGGAAUUUGCAUCUGCUGAUGUGUUUUUAACUUUGCACCAGUUUUGUUCUGGAGUAUCUUCUUCCCUUGCCGUUGUAAAGUCAGACGAUUUUGAGUUUGCAUAAAGUUGUCCAGAAAAUAUUUAUUUUUUGGUGUUAAGAGCAUGAUGGAACGUUUUGUGACGAAAAUAUACUGCUGUUGUCUGAGAAUGGCAAAUAGAACUCUGUUUUACAUUGUUCUUCGACAA